UCUAACGGGGAGGGGGUGGGGGAAAAACACUACCCCUGUCUCACUGUGUCCCUCCUGUCGCCAUAUUCUCCAUGCAGAUCCCCAGCAGACAGAACCCCUGCUUAGGGCAGCGAGGAACUUCAGCUGUUCCUUUGUUAUUUUUUUAAGCAAGCAAGGCAGCCGGAGGAGAGAUCACCUUCCAGAGCCAGCUGUCCAAGAUGACGAACAUAUCCUAUCACAUUUCCAACCUCCUGGAGAAGAUGACAUCCACCGACAAAGAUUUUAGGUUUAUGGCUACCAACGACCUAAUGAUGGAACUGCAAAAGGAUUCCAUAAAGUUAGAUGAAGACAGUGAGAAAAAAGUUGUGAAAAUGCUGCUGAAAUUGUUGGAGGACAAAAACGGGGAGGUACAAAACCUGGCUGUCAAGUGUUUGGGCCCUUUGGUGAGCAAAGUGAAAGAAUAUCAGGUGGAAACAAUUGUGGAUACACUAUGUACAAACAUGCUAUCCGAUAAGGAACAGCUCCGGGACAUCUCCAGUAUUGGACUGAAGACAGUAAUUUCAGAGCUGCCUCCUCCAUCCACUGGCUCCACCAUGACAGCCAAUGUGUGCAAAAAGAUCACAGCCCAGCUGACUGGAGCCAUUGGAAAGCAAGAGGACGUGUCCGUACAGCUGGAGGCCCUUGACAUCUUGUCAGAUAUUUUGAGCAGGUUAGGGGGGACUUUGUACUCCUUCCAUUCCUCCAUCUUGAACUGCCUCCUUCCACAGCUCACAAGUCCCAGGUUGGCUGUACGCAAAAGGGCCAUCAUUGCCUUGGGUCACCUGGUCUUGACUUGCAACGGGAAUAUCUUUGCCGAACUUAUGGAGCACCUGUUGGCAGAGCUGAAGAGGAACAACUCCACUUCAACCACGAGGACGUAUAUCCAGUGUAUUGCUGGCAUCAGCAGGCAGGCUGGGCACCGCAUAGGAGACUAUCUGGAGAAGAUGAUCCCACUAAUCGUUCAGUACUGCAACGUUGAGGAUGAUGAACUGAGGGAGUACUGCUUUCAGGCCUUUGAGUCUUUUGUGAGAAGAUGCCCCAAAGAAAUUGGUCCUCACCUUCACAAUGUGACAGGAUUGUGCCUCAAGUAUAUCACUUACGACCCAAACUAUAACUACGACAACGAGGAAGACGAUGAAGAAGAAAUGAUGGAAACGGAGAAUGGGGAGGAUGAAGAACAAGAAAGCGAUGAUGAGUAUAGUGACGACGAUGACAUCAGCUGGAAAGUCCGCCGGUCUGCAGCUAAGUGCCUUGAGGCCAUCGUCAGUACUCGGCACGAUCUCCUCCAGGACUUCUACAAAACCCUCUCCCCAGCUUUAAUAAGCAGGUUCAAGGAAAGAGAGGAGAAUGUGAAAGCGGAUAUUUUCUGUGCUUAUAUAUCUUUGCUGAAGCAAACGCUGCCCAUUCAGAGCUGGCUGCACGCUGCAGAUGAAGCAGGCAAGGAGGACAUACCUCUCACCAUGCUUCAGAACCAGGUUCCAAACAUCAUCAAGGCUCUGCACAAGCAGCUCAAAGAGAAAAGCGUCAAGUCAAGGCAGGGAUGCUUCACUCUCCUGACCGAGUUGGCUAACGUUCUCCCUGGCUGCCUUGCAGAUCAUAUACCUGCACUGGUGCCUGGUAUUGUUUUCUCUUUGACUGAUAAAUCCAGCUCCUCUAACAUGAAGAUAGAUACACUGUCAUUUCUUCAUGUUGUUCUUUGCAAUCACCCCCGGGAGGUGUUCCAUCCCCAUGUUAGGGCACUGCUACCACCAGUUGUCCUUUGCAUAGGAGAUCCCUUUUACAAAAUCACCUCAGAAGCUCUUCUCGUUACUCAACAGCUUGUGAAAGUCAUUCGGCCCCUGGAUGUGCCUUGUACGUUCGAUGCCAAGCCCUAUGUACGAGACCUGUUUUCUCCUACUCUGAAGAGGCUAAAAGCUGCCGAUAUUGAUCAGGAGGUGAAGGAACGGGCUAUCUCCUGCAUGGGGCAGAUUGUUUGCAAUCUUGGAGACUAUUUAAGCAGUGAUCUCCAGCCUACUUUGAAGAUUUUUCUUGAGAGGCUAAAGAAUGAAAUCACUCGACUGACCACAGUCAAAGCACUAAGUUUGAUUGCUAGUUCUUCACUCAAAAUAGACUUAAGGCCUAUUCUAGCAGAAGGGUUCCCCAUUCUGGCUUCCUUCUUGCGCAAGAAUCAGCGUGCCUUAAAGCUGAGUACUUUGGCCGUGCUGGACAUUUUGAUCAAGAACUACAGCGAUAGCCUCAAACCAGCCAUGAUUGAGUGUGUUCUGAUGGAGCUUCCUGAUUUAAUUAGCGAGAACGAUAUGCAUGUUUCUCAAGUGGCGAUCACGUUUCUCACAACCUUGGCUAAGGUUUAUCCCUCUUCCUUGUCCAAGAUUAGUGGUACGGUCUUAUCGGAGCUUUUCCAGCUCGUUUACUCCCCGUUGAUGCAAGGGGGAGCCCUCAAUGCCAUUGUGGACUUCUUUCAAGCUCUGGUCAUCACCAAGACGGUCAACAUGAGUUAUAUGGAACUAAUGAAACGGCUGACUAGUCCUAUAUACUCCUCCAGCCCUGGUGGGGCAUCUGUAAGUUUACACAAACAGGCCUAUCACUCUGUCGCAAAAUGCGUGGCAGCCCUUUCGUCCGUGUGCCCGAAAGAGGUCCCAGGGGUAGUAAGCCAGUUCAUUCAAGAUGUGAAGAAUCCCAAGUCCAGUGCGGCAGUUAAAAUGUUGGCCUUCCUUUCGCUGGCAGAGAUAGGGCGCAGCAUGAACCUCAGUGCGCAGAAGGAGCUCAAACCUGUGAUAUUGGAUGCGUUUUCUUCUCCCAGUGAAGAGGUGAAAUCGGCGGCUUCCUAUGCAUUGGGGAACAUCAGCGUUGGCAAUCUUAAAGAAUACCUUCCCUUCAUGCUCAAAGAGAUCGGCGGCCAGCCUAAGAGGCAGUACUUGCUGCUUCACUCCUUGAAGGAAGUCAUCAGCUCCUCCCCAGGAGACAGUCUGAAACCCUACGUGGAGGACAUUUGGGCCCUGCUUUUCAAACACUGCGAAUGCACAGAGGAAGGGACACGCAACGUGGUGGCAGAAUGCUUGGGGAAACUGACUGUGGUGAAUCCUUCUCAGUUGCUGCCAAGGCUGAAAAAACAGUUGUCUUCAGGUUCCCCUUAUGCUCGGAGCACUGUCGUAACUGCGGUCAAAUUCACCAUUUCAGAUCAUCCACAGCCCAUCGAUCCCCUUCUUAAAGGAUGUAUAGGUGACUUCCUAAAAACACUUCAGGAUCCCGAUCUGAACGUCCGACGUGUUGCUUUAGCCAUGUUUAAUUCUGCUGCCCACAACAAACCUUCUCUCAUCCGAGACCAGCUCAGCACGGUCCUUCCCCACUUAUACAACGAAACCAAGAUUAGAAGAGAACUCAUACGGGAGGUAGAAAUGGGGCCAUUCAAGCACACAGUGGACGAUGGCCUCGACGUGAGGAAAGCUGCCUUUGAGUGCAUGUACACUCUUCUGGAAAGCUGCCUUGACCGACUGGAUAUUUAUGAGUACUUGAAUCAUGUGGAAGAUGGGCUGAAAGACCAUUAUGAUAUCAGGAUGCUGACUUUCAUUAUGCUGGCUCGUCUAUCAACGCUGUGUCCUAACGCAGUACUACAACGGUUAGAACGUCUCAUUGAGCCCCUACGAGCAACUUGCUCUACAAAGGUAAAAGCUGGUUCUGUGAAGCAAGAAUUUGAGAAACAAGAUGAACUAAAACGUUCAGCAAUGAGAGCAGUCGCUGCUUUGCUGACCAUCCCAGAUGUAGACAAGAGUCCUGUGAUGGCUGAAUUUUCUUCCCAAAUCAGAGCCAACCCUGAAAUGUCUUCACUCUUUGAAAGCAUUCAGAAGGAUUCGACUUCACUGUCUACCACAGAAUUAAUGGACAUGAGUUAAGAUCCUCUUCCCUGUUCUCCUGCCACACAGUUCACUUUGCCGAGGAC